AUGAACAACCUCGACUGCCACCCGCGCAUCAUGUCUCUCUCCUCCGCUUCAACCCCAUCUUCCAUCCCCACAACUCCCUUCUCGCAGUCUCGCCGUCAAUCCCACGAGUCAGCGCAUGACGCCCACCACUUCGUCAACCAGGAGGAGAAGACGCAGCACAAGCUCAACCUCAGCAUCAAGAAGAUGUGGGAAGGCGUCAAGAAACACGCUGUUGAGCACCACAAGAGCGUCAACGCCGCUUACAUGGCGAGCUAUGGAUACGGUGCUCCCACUAAGACUGUCACUCAGGGCAAGCCGUUGUAG